AUGUCCGACGCCGACAUUGUGUCUUCCUUUGUGGAGGGCGCACCCCCCGGCGAGCUCGCCACCGUCAUUGCCGACAUCGAGUCCCUCACAAUCUCCAAGCCCAGGCUCGCGGACGACCUCGCGCCCGCGUUCGCCAAGUACAACGAGGACCAGUUUACGACGGUGCAGCUGCCCGGCAGCGCGGCGGGCAGCCAGCCGGCGAUUGUCAGCGUCGACAGCCGCGUCGACCCGGACGACGACAGCCGCUACUACGACCCGUCGAGCGCCACCAGCUUCGCCUUUGACCACCGCACGCAAAAGGCCAGCGCCGCCCAGAGCCACGCCCUCGACAGUGACCUUGCGGCCUCCAUCCUCAAAUCGCUGGGCGCCUACGUCAAGGACCACUUUGAACGCCCCGCCUUUGGCGUCUACCCCAUCGACGACGGCGCCCGCAUCGCCAUCCUCAUUGUCAGCAACAAGUACAGCCCGCAGAACUUUUGGAACGGCCGCUGGCGGUCGCGCUACGUGUUCGACCCGUCCACCGGCAGCCUCGAGGGCACCAUCCGCAUCGACGUGCACUACUACGAGGACGGCAACGUGCGCCUCCUGACGGACAAGCCGCAGUCGGCCACCAUCGCGGGCGGCGGCGGCGCGGCGCUGGCCCGCGAGAUCGCGUCGCUCGAAAAGGCCUACCAAGAAGAGCUCAACAAGAAGUUUUUGUCCCUCAGCGAGGGCGCGUUCAAGGGUCUGCGGCGGCAGCUGCCGGUCACGCGACAAAAGAUUGAGUGGGACAAGGUCGCGAGCUACCGGCUGGGACAGGAUAUUGGCGGCGGUGCCAGCGGGCGGAGGUAG